CAGUGGGGGCAGGACCACCGAAGCCAUUUUAUUAUUAUAACAGCCAAGGUGCAGGUGCAUCAAUAUAUAUUUUUUAUAGUUUACAGUUUUAACUUCACCAUGGGACAGUGUGGAAUUACUUCAUCUAAAACCGUCUUGGUUUUUCUCAACCUCAUAUUCUGGGCUGCAGCUGGGAUUUUAUGCUACAUUGGAGCCUAUGUGUUCAUCACAUAUGACGACUAUGACCACUUCUUUGAAGAUGUGUACACUUUGAUUCCUGCUAUCAUAAUAAUAGCUGUUGGGACUCUCCUCUUCAUCAUUGGCUUGAUCGGCUGCUGUGCAACAAUACGUGAAAGCUCCUGUGGUCUGGCAACGUUUGCGGCCAUCCUCCUGCUGGUGUUUGUAACAGAGUGUGUGGUGGUGGUGCUCGGCUACAUAUACAGGGCAAAGGUAGAAGAUGAGGUGAAUCACUCCAUCCAGAAGGUUUACAACGAAUACAACGGCACCAACACUGAUGCUCCCAGCCGUGCUAUUGACUAUGUGCAGAAGCAGCUUCACUGCUGCGGCAUUCACAACUACUCUGACUGGAGGAACACUCGCUGGUUUAAAGAAUCCAAGAACAACAGCGUUCCAGUCAGCUGCUGUCAGCCCAGCAUCAGCAACUGUACCGGCACUCUCACUCGACCUGCAGAUCUCUACCAAGAGGGUUGUGAAGCUCUUGUUGUGAAGAAGUUAAAGGAGAUCAUGAUGUAUGUCAUAUGGGCUGCACUCACUUUUGCAACUAUACAGAUGCUGGGCAUGCUCUGUGCCUGCGUGGUGCUGUGCAGGAGGAGUCAUGACCCCGCAUACGAGCUGCUGGUCACAACCAACAGCUACGCAUGAAGGACGCGGCCAACCAACGGAGCAUUCAGUAAAUCAAAAGGAGCAUCACCGGACAUGUCCACAGUAGAUUUCAGCUGUAGUUAUAUAAGCUCAAGCACACCUUGCACAAUUCAUGAUAAAGUAGCGAACACUGAUGAUGUGGUUUGGGUGGGUGGGGGCUUCAAGGGGAAACCAGUUAUUUAUUGACAUGCUUUGUAAGUUACUGUUCCUUUAAAUGUUCUUUUUUGUUAUCUCUCCUUACAAAUACUGGAAUAUUUACAGAAGCCAAAGUUGUAUAUGGCUAAUUGACAUUAUUGAUGUUGAUGCAGAUUUUGUUUUCUUUUAAUCGUGGCUUGAUAACAUUUGGGCUCAUCCCCAGUGAGGAUGAUGGGAAGCAGUGUAUAAUACCACGCAGUGUGUGAGUGUUGUAUGGAAUGUAUUUCCUUGUGUGCUAGUUUGCACUAUACGGCUGGAGCUCUGGAGGUAUUUCAUGGUUGGAAAGGAAAAUCUAUGCUAAAAAAGAACAUGUACACUAAUUUGGUUUGACCAGACUUUGUGAAAAUGGGAAAAAAAACUUUUACCAUAAACGAAACAGAUUCAGUGUCUCGGUCUUUAAAUCUUACGUUUGUGGAGCAGCUCUGCGUUUUGUCUCUCAAAGCCACGUUUGGUAGAAAGAGUUCUUCAUAUUCACAAAUAUUCAGGUUGUGAAUAAUGUACAUUCUGUUUUGUUGUGGAUGUUCUCUGAACCAGGCUUCAAUAGUGAGGCAUUGCCAAUAUAUAAAUUGUGAAUGAACCUUUUAGUCUCCAGUGCUAUUAGUAGGAGUAUUAUCAGUGUUACCUGAAGACAUGUGUUGUAGAUUCACUUUGUUACAGUCAGAGAAUUCCCUCUGUUUAGUUUGUUAGUUAUAAACCUGCUAUAUAGAAUUACAACAUGCUAUUUUAUACAUUUUUUCGUGAAAUUGUGCACCGUUUUAAUAUUUUUGAGCUGUUAAGUUGACCCCUAGAUAUUUAGCUAGUGCUGCAGAAAAAAACCUGACGAACAGUAUUGUGUAUAGACCGGAGAACUGGCUGGAGACAAAUAAACUCAUACAUUUCAACUUGA